CCCCCGGCCGAGUCGCUGGCGCCCCACGACGUCUUCAUCGCGGUGAAGACCACCAGAAAGUUUCACCGCGCGCGCCUCGAUCUGCUGCUGGAGACCUGGAUCUCGCGCCACAAGGAGAUGACGUUCAUUUUCACCGACGGGGACGAUGAAGCCCUGGCCAGGCGCACGGGCAACGUGGUCAACACCAACUGCUCGGCUGCCCACAGCCGCCAGGCGCUGUCCUGCAAGAUGGCGGUGGAGUACGACCACUUCAUCGAAUCGGGGAGGAAGUGGUUCUGCCACGUGGACGACGACAACUACGUCAACGUCAGGGCUUUGCUGCGGCUGCUGGCCGGCUACCUGCACACGCAGGACGUGUACAUCGGCAAGCCCAGCCUGGACAGGCCCAUCCAGGCCACAGAGAGGGUCAGCGAGAACAAGAUGCGCCCUGUCCACUUCUGGUUUGCCACUGGCGGGGCAGGCUUCUGCAUCAGCCGUGGGCUCGCCCUGAAGAUGAGCCCGUGGGCCAGCAGGGGCCACUUCAUGAGCACAGCCGAGCGGAUCCGCCUGCCAGAUGACUGCACCAUCGGCUACAUCGUGGAGGCCCUGCUGGGCGUGCCCCUCAUCCGCAGCGGGCUCUUCCACUCCCACCUGGAGAACCUGCAGCAGGUGCCCGCCUCGGAGCUCCAUGAGCAGGUGACCCUCAGCUACGGCAUGUUUGAGAGUAAGCGGAAUGCCAUCCACAUGAAGGGGCCCUUCUCGGUGGAGGCUGACCCGUCCAGGUUCCGCUCCAUCCACUGCCACCUGUACCCGGACACACCGUGGUGUCCCCACAGCGCCGUCUUCUAGCAGCCGUGGUUGAGACCCCGUCCUCGGGCGCCCCUGGUAUCCAAAGGGCCCGGGGAUCUGUGUUGUGUCGCCCUGGCCUUGGCAUUCGAGGCUCCCCCAGGGCUGUGCCUACGUGUGUGUGUGUGCGCGCACUGCGUGCCCGUCCAUGGAGCAGGCUGCUGGGCAGUUCUGUUCUGCCGAGAAGCAAGCACAAGGGCCACUUGUCUGCCCCGUGGGGCCGCGGGCUCCAGAGCCCCAUCCCAGAGGAUGUGCAUCAGAGGUCACUCUGAGGGCAGUUUUCUUAUUACUGCGGGGUCUUUCGGCAGCGUGGGGAUCAGGGGCUGCUCUGCAGGGAUACGCAGGUGCCUUUCCCUCCCUGUCGGGUGCAGGCCCUGUGCUGGGGGGGCCUAAGCACCCCCAGCACAGCCGAGCCAGGCUCAGUGCAAGGAAGCUGGGUUUGGGAGGAAACCCGAGCCCCCUUCUCCUGCUGAGCUCUGGACUUAGAGGACUAGCAGCCAGCACCCCCACCGGGUCCAGCCCCCACCCCCCCGGAAGCCCCUAGUGGCCGUGUGGCUAGGGAAACGGGCUCCCCUCCCAACCCUCCCUCACUGCCGUCUCUUUGUCUCCCCGUGAUGGGGAGACAGCUGAGCAUUUUAUCUCCUCUCCGAAGUCGAGAGAACGUCGCCCAUAAUGGGCGUGCCUGUAAAUAUUUGUGACAGUAUUUUUUUACUGUGCUUGUUUUUCAUAAGGGGGUGGGUAAAAGGUAGGGUGUUUUUGUUUUUCUGGGGGGGUGGGUUUAUCUUUUCUGUGGAUCAGAAAAAGCAGAAGCCAAACUUGAGAUAAUCUUUGCUGUUUAAAUGGAGGGAAAUGUCCGCCACUCCGUGUAUUUAUAUGUCCCGGCCUCCGGACUGCCCGCGCCCCGUCCUGCACGGUGCCCAUCUCCCGCAGGCCCGUGGGGUGUGUUCUGUCUUCUGUUUUUCUUUCUGCAAAGACAUAGCUAGGAAAGUGAACGAUAAUGGAAAAGUUCUCAGGGAAUUGAAGUGUGGUUGCUAUGGUGACGUCCUUUGCUGUGAAUAAAGGUGCUCUUUGGGGCAACCCGGGGGGUCCUGGUCUUGCUGGAAGUUGGGCCAGAGACACAGGUCUGUCACAGGUCUGUCGGAGGGGCUCCAGGGGGCCUGGGGGCUUGUUCGAGCUCCUGUGGGGGAGAUGGAUAGAAGGGACUCCCAAGAGCCACUUGCAGGUGCCUGAGAGGCGCAGCCAGCCCAGGGCACCGUGGAAGUGGUCAGGGGGAUGGCUGGAUUGGCAGGUUUCACCCAGAGGAGCAGCCCAUAGGCUCUGUAGCUCCAGCCUGUGUGGGCCUAGCCUUCCCUGGAGGAGGGAGGGGGCUCGUGGGGGCCCAGCCUGGGACCUCCUUAUCUGGCUUCAUCCCCAUCACAAACUCACAAGAGGCCAUAUUCUUGUCCCAUUUUGCAGAUGGCAAAACUAAGGCUCAGAGCCAGUGACAGCCAAGGUCAGGCAACUGAGCUGGCGGGGGUGGUAAAGAGCUCAAACUCAGAGGCCUGGUGGUAUUGGAUCCUGGCCUCCCCUUGUGCUGGGGACCCCACACUCGACCUCGCCUCUGUGAAGGGGCUCCAUGCCUGGACUGGUCCUGGAGCUGGGCCCCCAGGCCAGCUGGAUGGAGGCUGGACAAGGAUUCACACCGACCUUGUUUUCUGCCCACUCCCUGCUGCUCGCUCUUCCUCACAUGCAGCCUUGGCAGGGUGGGGGGGGGGGCAGCCGGCAUUCCCUCUUCCUCACACAGAGCCCCGCAGCACCCCCCCUGGGCUCCAAGUCCCCUGGGACCUCCAUGUUGGCCGCUCUGCUCCACGGUUAACCUUCUCAACAUGUCAGAAUAAAGACAAGUGUUUGCAAA